AUGCGCUAUGCUUUUCUCCUCGGUAAUUCUUUAUCUCGGCACUACUGCAUAAGGCGGCAGAUGUGUGCUCAUGAUUCACUUUUUUGCGAACUCUUGUUUGAUGCGUUGUCUGUGGAACGCUGCAGGAUCAAUCAAAAAAACCCGCCCUCCUCUUCUUCUGGUUCCUCCUGCUCGUCCUCCUUUUCAUCAUCUUUUGCCUCGAUGUCCAAGCCCAUCUCUCUGAGGCUGUCGCUCCAAUUCCUCAACUCCGUCAUCUCCGGGGCGUGGCCUUUGCGUCUCCGCUUCUCCACAUCGAUCUGCCCUCGUGGUGUCUCCACGACAGGUACUCUUCUCAUAGUAGCAGUCGAUUUCACCGAUUCCGUCGAUGCUCUCCUUUCCAGCAACUUGACCACGUCAGGGUUCUCCAUCAACGUGGAUGACGACUCUCUCGAUGCCGUAGACUCCGCUUCUCCUCGUGGGUUCGUGAGAUCGAGCUUGUCCAGGGCGGAUAAUGCGGUUUCCAACUUUCCACGGGCUUUCCUCUCCCGCCGCUUUGUCACGGGAAGAUCUUUCAUCCUAGUAGGCGACAUCUCUUUCAAUUCCACAGGAGCUUUUCCCUUCCGUGCCCUUAGCAAAUCGGAAUCUUCCCCCAAAAUGGGCGGUGACUCUCUGAACUCCACAGGAGCUUUCCCCUCCCGUGCCCUUCGCAAAGCGAAAUCUUCUCCCAAAGUGGGCGAUGACUUCCUGAAUUCAACACGAGCCUUUCUUUUCUGGCGGGUUGUCACGUCGUCGGGAUUUUCUGUUGGUGUAAGUGUCGCCAAUCGUGACUCCACGGAAGCCUUUUCUUCAGAACCUUCCUCAACUGGGCUAUGCAAGGGAUAACCCCCGAAGGAAGUGUAAGAUGACUCUACCGCGGGCUUAGGGACGGGCUUCGUAGAUAACCGCCUCAAUGUUGCUUUUCUUUCUAACGUGAAUGCAGCUUU